AUGUUGCAAAGAACGUAUAUAGCAAUGAUGGAAUCAAAUAAUAAUAUAAAACUACCAUGGAUAUUAAUCAAGGAUAUUGUUAAUAUCAUUUGGACACAGUAUUCAUUUUGUAAAUGCAAAGAAGAAGAUGAUGAAAAAGAAGAAUCAACAACAACAACAAUAACAUUCAAUCAAUGUUGGAUACAUCAUCAUCAUAGUAGUAGUAAUAACCUUAACAUUCAAAAAGAUAGAUUACAAUUAUAUUUAAUUUGUAAAGAUUUAUAUAAAUUUGUAUCGGAACAUUUACCAAUCAAUGUAUUGGUUGAACACAAAAAUAAACAUGAAUGGACAAUGAUCAAGAGGUUGUUUAGGGUAGUAUUAAAAGCAGAGAAUGUUUUGUUUUCCGAACAACUAGAACAACAACCAUCAACACUAAAGCAACACAAUAUUGGUAGAUUUGCACUAUCAAAGAGCACAAGACAAGUCAUUCUCCAACCCCAAUCAACCUUUCUUACUCUUCGCAACCCAUUCUUUAAGUAUAUAAAGGCACUUCAUCCAUUCGAAAUGUCAAAUCUAUCCUCUACGAUGACUGCACUAGUCAAACUAAAAAUAUUGGGUUUCCAACUAGAGAAUGUACAAAUGGAGACGAUAGCAAGGAUGAAACAAUUGGAAUCGAUUGACAUUCAACUAUGCACCACCAAAGAAGAUGCAAUGCUUCAUUUCAUCCAUACACUCAACCAAACACACCAUAAUCACUACCAACACCCAUCAUCGAUACGCAAAUUAUUGGUGCCAUCUAAAUUCUCGUCACAGCUAUUAUUGGCUCUAAAUGAUAAUAUUAAAAGCUCUCUUUGUAGUUCUUCGAUUUAUUUGGAUGGCACAGACACUAGCCAACAACAACAUCAAAAACAACAACAACAACAACAAAAAUUUCCAAAGCUCUAUUCUCUAACUAUUCAUGGAUUCAAGGUGGUUCAACCACCUCAGUCAUCACCACUUUCUCGCGUUACUAAUAGUAGUAUCCAAGACACGAGUAAUCUCAAUGUUCUCAAUGCGACCGCAUUCGAUAAGAUGUAUACUCCAUUCAUGUCGACAUUGGCUCAGAUGGGCGUCAAGCGCUUCGUUAUCCUCGAACGUGUUUCAGAUCACAACACACCACCGUUACACCAAGCUUGGAAAAAGACUUUUUACAAUUCGAUAGGGUAUGCAUAUGGUGGAUAUAAAUUUAAAUUGGACCGUAUUAUUCUCGUAAACUUUAUAUUGAUGAUCAACACCACAAACAAUACCGCACCCACGAACAAUAAAGAAGAGUAG